AUGUGGACCGCUCCCCUGUGGUGCCUGGUCCUGGGCCUUCUCGCCUGCAGCCCGUGCCUAGGGCAAACCGAGCCGGAACCAGCCGUGGGCCUCUUCCCGCAGGCCGUGCAGAAGAUUAACGUGACCGUCCUGUACGAGCCGUACUGCAAGGACAGCUCCUGGUUUAUCACCAAGCAGCUGGUUCCGGUGUACAAGCUGCUGCGCAACCACCUCAUCGUCGAGAUGGUGCCGUUCGGUCGCACGCGUAUGAAGGAGCCGCAUGGAGCAGACACGACCGUCAGCUUCACCUGUCGCCAUGGACAGGCCGAGUGCCAGGCGAGCAUGAUCCAUGCGUGCGCCAUCGCCCUCUACCCGGACGUGGACAAGCACCUGUCGUUCAUCGCGUGCACGCUCAAGGCCUGGAAGCCCGAAAAGAACGUCGACAAGUGCUGCAACCUGCUCAAGAUGGAGAGCAGCAAGAUUCUGGGCUGCGCCUCGUCUCCGCAGGGCAAGAUCCUCCUGCAGAAGAUGGGCUGGCGCACCAUGUCGGUCAAGCCGGCCAUCAACUACGUGCCCAGCGUGGUCAUCGACGGCGGCUUCAACAAGCGCUACCAGAAGCUGCUGCAGAAGAAGUUCAAAGAGACCGUGUGCAAGCACUUCAAGCCACCCCUGCCUGAACCGUGCGAGGUUAAGAAGAAGAGGGGAUGGUUUAGUCGUUGA